AUGAGACACAUAGGAAAAUCAAUGGGCCCCGAGGAAGUACAACACAAAGUGCACUCGCUCACAAUCAAUAAAACAACACCACAGAUGCUCCGUUGCGGGCACAUCACAAGGAAAAAAGAAGCCACGGUAAAAUCUGGGUAUCAUCAGCGGAUCGACGAUGAUAUCGAAGAAAGUAUGCGCAUUCAACAGUCCCACAUCCAAGUGGGCCCGGAAAAGAACGAAACACAUGCGGGCGUUCGGGAUGCACUGAAAAUGCGCCAAGUGCGACUCGCUUGA